AUGAAGCUCUCGUUCGUCACUGCCAUAUCGGCACUAGUGCUGCUAGCCGCACAGCAUGCCUCCCUCGCCGCCGCCGGCAGAGGCCCCAGGGUCAUCAUAGUCGGCGCCGGCAUGUCCGGGAUCUCGGCGGGGAAGCGGCUGUGGGACGCCGGGGUGAGGGACCUGCUGAUCCUGGAGGCGAUGGAGCGCGUGGGCGGGCGGAUGCACAAGCACAACUUCGGCGGCCUCAACGUGGAGAUCGGCGCCAACUGGGUGGAGGGCCUCAACGGGGACAAGGUCAACCCCAUCUGGCCCAUGGUCAACGCCAGCCUCAAGCUCCGCAACUUCUACUCCGACUUCGACGGCGUCGUCGGCAACGUCUACAAGGAGAGCGGCGGCCUUUACGACGAGGAGUUCGUGCAGAAGAGAAUGGACCGUGGCGACGAGGUGGAGGAGCUGGGCGGCAAGCUCGCCGCCAAGAUGGAUCCCAGCGGCCGCGACGACAUGUCCAUCUUGGCCAUGCAGCGCCUCUUCAACCACCAGCCGAACGGGCCGGCGACGCCGGUGGACAUGGUGCUCGACUACUUCAGGUACGACUACGAGUUCGCCGAGCCGCCGCGCGUCACCAGCCUGCAGGGCACCGAGCCCACGGCCACCUUCGCCGACUUCGGGGACGACGCGCACUUCGUCGCCGAUCAGCGGGGAUUCGAGACCCUCAUAUAUCACAUCGCCGGGCAGUACCUUCGUUCCGACAAGUCCGGAAACAUCGUAGAUCCUAGAGUCAAACUCAACAAGGUGGUGCGUGAGAUCUCCUACAACCAGAGAGGCGUGGUGGUGACUACGGAGGACAACUCAGCGUACAGCGCAGACUACGUGAUCGUGUCCGCGAGCAUAGGGGUCCUGCAAAGCGAUCUCAUACAGUUCAAGCCUCAGCUGCCAGCAUGGAAGAUUUUCGCCAUCUACCGAUUUGACAUGGGCGUGUACACCAAGAUCUUCCUCAAGUUCCCCAGGAAGUUCUGGCCGACGGGCCCCGGGAAGCAGUUCUUCGUCUACGCCAGCUCCAGGAGAGGCUACUACGGGAUGUGGCAGUCGUUCGAGCAGGAGUACCCGGGGGCCAACGUGCUGAUGGUGACGGUGACGGACGUGGAGUCGCGGCGGAUCGAGCAGCAGCCCGACAACGUGACGAUGGCGGAGGCCGUGGGCGUGCUGCGGAACAUGUUCCCCGACCGCGACGUGCCCGACGCCACCGAUAUCUACGUGCCGCGCUGGUGGUCCAACCGAUUCUUCAAGGGCUCCUACUCCAACUGGCCCGUCGGCGUCAACCGCUACGAGUACGACCAGCUCCGGGCGCCGGUUGGCGGGCGGGUCUACUUCACCGGGGAGCACACCAGCGAGCACUACAACGGCUACGUCCACGGAGCUUAUCUUGCAGGUAUCGACUCCGCGGACAUUCUGAUAAACAAGGUCCUCAACAACGUGGAGUUCAAAGUCCGCCCCAAGUAUGACGACGAGCAGAAAGCUGAGGCUAAAUGA